ACUGAUGAACUUUGGGGCACCUGCGGAGUGCUCGGCUUCAACCCCAAGGCUCCGAACUGCGGUGGUUCGGUCGUCACGCGUUUUCGGGAAAACCCGAAGGGCGCACGUCCAACUUUCCGGUGCGGCUCCUGCAGGAAGGAGGUAAGCGUAAUCAUGCGUGUGAUAUUUUCGUAUUACGCCUAAAAAGAUAAUUAAUACGCCGUUCCUUCACAAUGGCCACUCAGCAGGCCUAAUUGUUUUCACAUUCUCUCAUCUAACAGUUCACGAACGAACGCAGUUUCGCGCCCGCUAAUAGUUUGAAUUUUUUAUUUCAGCUUUCGCAGGAGAAUGGUGUAGACGUUCUCCGUGGCGGGCCGUCCCGGCCAUCUUUCUUUUCAUACGUGGACGUCGAAGGCCGCCCCAACGUCAAGCUCUCCCGGAGAAAGAUCCUGUGGAUUUGCUUCUCCCUGACAAAGGGGUACUCGAGUGUCCAGACGGCAGAAGCCGUGCAAGACGUCUUCCCGAUGGGAAAUGACGUCCUGUGCGAUUGGAAGAACUUCAUUAGGGAAGCCGUCGCCGACGAGAUGGCGAGUCGGCCCCCACUGGGAGGGGUCGGCCAGGUCGUCCAAGUGGACGAGUCCCUCUUCCGGGGCAAGCGGAAGUAUAACCGCGGACGGCUUCUGGCGGGCGACAACGUGCCUGGUUGCAGCAGCGACCACUACCGCGGGACCGAGGAGAAGGGUCCUUGGAUUGUCGGCCUGAUCUCAGAAUCUACGGGAGAGCUUCGCCUGUUCGAAGUGAAGAAAAGGAACCGGAGGACCCUGCACGCCAUUGUAGCCAAGAACGUCUACCCGGGAACCACUGUAGUCACGGACAAGUGGAAGGGCUACGAUGGCCUGUGGACAGUUCACGAUGACCUGGGGCACAUGGUACUCAACCAUCUCACCGUGAACCACAGCGAAAACUUCGUGGACCCCGAAACCGGCGCUCACACCCAGAAGAUCGAGUCCGCCUGGACUGCCCUAAAACAAGACCUCCUCAAGAGAGGCAAGGGGACAAGCAAGACUCUGCUACCGUCGCACCUGACCUGGUACUGGUGGAACUCCAUCAACGGCCGAACCAGGUGCAGGGACCCCUUCCUCAGGCUUCUGGAAGCCAUCGACCGGAAGUAUCCGUGUGCCUGAACACGCUCAGCAAACGGCCCUUUUUAGGGCCACCCACUCCAGUUCAAAAGUCAGAUUUGGGGGUUUUACGUGCCAAACCUACGGCGGGCAUCU